AUGGCGGGGGAGAGGAGGGAGAGGGGAGAGGCUGGCCUAAUGCUCUGCCUCAUUAUAGUGUGCAUGGGAGUGUCGUCAGUGUGGAGGAGGCUGGCCGGUGGAGGGGCGUGGCGCUGCGUGAUCCCCGCCCACCUCGACCUGCAUGACCCCGCCCUCACCUGCCUGGCCGCCCCCACCAACCGCACCGCCGUCAAUGGCUACCACAGUCGGAUGGAGGAAGCCGUGGGCGUGGGCGGUGGGCGGGGGCGCGGACGGGGGGGCGGCAGCGGCAGGAUCCCCGCCGUGCAGUGCAAGUGUGUCCCGCCCCUCACCUGUGUGCUGUGUACGCGCUUACAAGGGGUGACGCCCCCCGCCGCGCCCCCUGACCCCUACACCGCAGCCGGCCAGGCGAGCGCCACGGCGAGGGUCGACCCAACUUACCACCCUGUGCUCUCCCAGCCGGCAGACGUGUCCCUCUCAGAAAAGUUUGACGUUAUGUUGAAGACGAUGGACUGGCAGAGACAAGUACUGACCACCAAGACGCCUCAGCUGAAAUCUGUGAGGGAAAACUUAUACGUGGAGAAGAAGAAGAAGAAGAGUAAAGAUAAGGAGGUGAAGAAAGACCACAAGAAACAUAAAAAGGAUGGCAAGGGAAGAAUAACAUUGAAGUUGAAGAGAUCACCGUUUACUGGAGAGCUAACAAAAGAUGGGGACUCUAAAAGGAAAAAGUCUUCAUCCCAGGAGCCCACAUGGUCCCCGGUAGCACUCAGCAGCGGUGUUCUCUCCUCAGUACCGGCCAAGAAGGUUCGGGUUGAGGAGGAUGACGACUCCAGCUCAGUGUACGGCAGCAGCCUGCACUCCUCCCCCACCGCCAGCCCAGCACCCAUUGACCGCUCUGCUCUUAAAAGACAGUCAACCUCAAACCAGAAAAAUAAACAGCAGAAAUAUGAGCUAAUGUACAGAAUGAACACAGUUGAGGCAAAGCAAAACUGUCAAUGCAAACAUGUCUUCAGAAACCAUCAGUUCAAAUUCCUACGACAUCGACAACAUCGUGAUCCCACACAGCAUGGCCGCCUCAACGCGUGUGGAGAAACUAGAAUACAAAGAAAUCCCAACUCCAAGUGGAGGAUAGUCCCUUACGUCCCCAACAAUGUUCAUAGUUCAAAAAGUGCUAGUCAGGAGGAGGAGGAAGAAGACGUUAGUGAAGAGGCAGUGGCUGCCCGUCACAGCCGCAGUGAAGAAUUGGAACGGAAGAAGUUCCUCCAGUACCUCCACAUGCAGGUGACAUCAAGGUCUUCCCGCUCCCGACGAACAGACUCCUCAGGAACUAACACGCCAGACCAUCCCCUGUCACCACGUCCUCCAGACCCUGCCAGUGACACCAUCUCCCCCUUAGCUACCCCCCCAACCACACCCUUGGCCCCUUCAGAGGAUUCCAAUCAGUCCUCCUCCCUCCCAACAGUUGCCAGUAUUCAGAGUUCCAGUUGUAGUACAUCAGGUGCCACCAGCUCUAGCUUCACCACCCUGGUCGCUCAGGCUGGGCUAUCCAACAUAUCUCCUCAACCCUCACAGCAACAACAUCAACAACAACAGCAGCAACAUCAACCUAGUCAGCUUCUCAUUCAUAAUUCUCAGAUCUCCUCCAACUCCAUUUUAACACAUCUUCCCACCUCUACAUCAAUAUCUGCUGCCUCGUCGAUAUCCACCUCAGUAUCCUCCUCCCUGUCUUCAUCCACACCCUCGUCGAUAGCCACAUUCUCGUCGCUCCUGUCCGGGGCGCGCCGGAACCGCACCUUCAGCAGUAGCAGUGCCACCAAGAGCAAGGUGUCUGCUGGUGUGGAGGAGGGUGCCCCUGAGAGGCCAGAGGGCAUGACACCUUAUGAACAACGUGUCUUCCCGCUUAACGAUGCCGAGUUAAUGCUGAUAACACGGGAGACAGAAGACUGUGAUAUAGGCCCUCCAAGCCCACCCUUUGACACUUCAGCCAAUGAUGCCAAUAAUUGUGAAGAGAGUGGCCGCAGCACCCCCAUGAGUGAGGUGACAGACUCUGCCCCAGAAGAGGAUGGAGAGUUUGAUGACACAGCCGCCCCCAAGUGGACCAUCUCGGGACUGAAGGAUGCCACCGGCCAGUGUGUGCUGCAGAUUCACCGCAACUGACGGUGGCCUACCUCGGAUAAAGUGGAUUACAGGAACUAAGAAUUAAAGGUGUACAAAAAAUAUCUAAAUGAAUGAUGAAGUUUUAUAUCUUACUUUUAUUUAUUUAUUCGAUCUCUUUCACAGCCAAAGGAAAGGAAAUGGGAUCCUUUGUACAUCAAAAUGAUUUUCUAUUUUAUAAUUGGUGAUAGAUUCAAUGUUACUAACUAUAUGAAAAUCUUUCAUUGUUUAAGUGGACAGGAUAGGAACCAAUACAGUAAGGCAAAAAAAGCAAAAAAUAAAACUAAAAAAAAAAGAGGGAGAGGCAAGUUCAGUAUAUACUAGCAAGAAUCAAGAAUCUAUACACAGUGCUCUUUCCAUUGGAGCACCUCACUCCGCCCUGCUAGUUACCCACCAGACAUUGCUUUAAGGCAUCACCACACUGCACUGUUAGGCAUCCUGGGCCGUGCUCUGCGGGAUGAGUGUUGUGUGAGCAGUAGUUGUGGAAUGUAUCUCGGGUAUGGACUAAGCUUUUGCCACUCAUUUAAUCUUCAUCUGGCAUAAUCACAUGCAGUUCAGUAUGCAAACUAAUGCUGUCUGAAGGUGAACUCCUGAUGUCUUCAAGGAUGUAGAGGCUUGUCAAGGGAAGGUUCAGCACUCCCAGUAAGUAGAGGUGUAGAAUGUCAUACCUUCUUGUCCCUGUGUUAGAUAUAUAUUUCUGAGUAACAAAGAGGUCUACCAAAAAUAAGUUGGUAAUUAUUGACAAAGUCAAGUUUAUUAUACAUGGUAUCAGUACCCUUUUUGAAUUUUCUAUUUUAGUAUUUAAAAUUUCUUUGUCACUGGGCAGGGUAGGCAUGUUGAAGUAGGUAGAUUAGGCUGUGGCAUUUGUCGGUAGCCUCCCUGCAUGAAGAGACUGAAUUCUAAGAGAUGAAAACAAGUGAUAAAGUUUUGAGGUUUGCUUUGUAUAGAAGAUUAGAUUACAAGUAUGUUAAGCAUGUAUUAAUCAGUUCAUACUGAAUGUAGAGAGGGAACCUUUCACAUUGAAAGACUUCCAAGGAAAUGGUCAGUACGGAGUAAUUUUCAAGUUAUUUACGGUGGUGGUGAGCUGGUGGUGUGUAAUGGCAUACCAAUCAAGGUUUGAAACCUUUGUGGUGUUAUGCUUGACAUCUUAGAAGUACUUGUGUGGUGGAUGCUGGCAUGUAGAAAGGAAGGUGUGGACCGGAGGGAUUCAGUGAAUCUGUUCAGGAUAUGCGAUCAUGUGUAUUUAGUGCAUAUUUGUUGAUUUCAAUGCCAAAGUGUUCAGAGGGACAUAGAGUAAUUCCCCACUUGCAAAUAUAAUCCAUAAUCACUUGUACAAAACAUUUUAUUUAACUUUUUUUUUGUUUAUUUAUUUAUUUAUUUUUUUUUUAGUUUACUGUCAUGGAUAGACCAUCUACUGCUUUGUGUGUUGAACUUUGAGAUUUGUUGAAGUAUGGUUUGACAGGUUGUUACAACAGCUGUGUUAGUGCCGUGUGCAUUAAGACUACAUAUGUGAGUAAAUACUUUGAAUUAUGUAUUUGGAUAGCCCAGUGCUUAAUGUGCUGAUAGAUUUUGAUGUUGAAAUGCUGGAAAUAUGGCUGGCCUAGCUGACCAUUAUUUGAAAUGAAUGUUUUAAUGAAAGGGGAGCAGUUGUUCACAUGCUAGUUAGCAUUUGCAAUAUCAAGAUGGAGCUCCUGAAGGAAAGAGCAUCUGUUUCAGGAGAGUAACAAUGGCCUUUAUAAAGACUAGAUCGGUCCUCUUUCCCAGCUGCGCCUCAUGCCUGCAGUGGCGGCACAGCUCAAUAUACGCUUAUGUAAUAUGUGUCAUGGACUCCGAAUAGCCCAUUGUACUGUUUGUUUUCCUGAAGGAACGUAGUGUUUACACAAUGUUUCCCCUUUGUUAUAUUUUCAGGUAUUUUAUGUAUGUACUAAUUGCUCUAGUGAUGUUAAGAGGAAGGUGUUUAUGUUGAUGCUCUUGAGGAAGGCUCCUGUGUAAGAGGUUCUGUCAAAUAUUACUACUAGAUAUGGAAGUAUUUGUAUUUUAUCAAACUUUACCCGUCAGGUUUUUUUUCCAUGAAUUAUAGCAUAUCCUCUUUAGAAACAAAUGAUCCUGUUUUCGUUUAGUUGUAUAUGUAUAUACCAUUAAAAUUUCGAUAUAGGAUGGGUACAAUGGCAUUUGUAAAUAAUGUAUAGAUUCCAAUUUGAACAAGUAUUUAUAUUAUUCAAUGUUUCAUUGAAGUUAAUACUUGUUGGCUGAUCAAGAAAAGCACUGUCCUAAGUCAUUUCAAAAGAAAAAAAUAUAAAUUGAACACUGUC